AUGAAGUGGCUGGUGGUGCUUGUGGCAUUGGCAGCGCCAGUUUGGGCAAAAUCCCCGUCUGGCGGUUACGCUCCAGCGAAAGUCGACUGCCCUCUGGGUCCCCUCUUAAGAAACGCCCAUAACUUGUCUGAAGCAGAAGCUAAGUGGGUGAAAGAAAGAAACAAAGUCACUGACGAAAACUUGAAAACGUUCAUCAAAGAUGCCAACUUGGAAGACUUCGAUGUGGACAGUUUCCUAGACAACACUACCGACGGUCGGUCUAUCAAGAUCGGCUUGGCCUUCUCUGGAGGUGGUUACAGAGCCAUGUUGUCGGGAGCUGGUCAAAUGGCAGCAUUGGAUAACAGAACAAAAGGUGCAGACACCAAGGGACUUGGAGGGUUGCUCCAGGCGCUGACGUACUUGGCAGGCUUGUCAGGAGGCAAUUGGCUUGUGGGCACCAUUGCCGUGAACAAUUUCACCUCGGUGCAAGCAUUGAUCGACCAGGACAACUUGUGGAAUCUCAAACACUCCAUUGUCAACAUGGGUGGGUGGAACCCGAUCAAAAUCUACAAUUACUACAAGAAUUUGGGUGAUACUGUCGAUAACAAGGACGACGCUGGGUUUGACAUUUCCUUGACUGAUACGUGGGCCAGAGCAUUGUCCCACCAGUUUUUCCCCGAGAGCUCUGGGUACGGCGCUGACUUGUUGUGGUCGGAUAUCCAAGACAUAGACCCAUUCACCAACCACGAGAUGCCUUUCCCUGUGGUGGUGGCCAAUGGCAGAACGCCAGGCGUCCAGGUCAUUUCAUCAAACUCUACAGUUUUUGAGGUGUCUCCAUACGAGCUUGGCUCCUGGGACCCAUCCUUGCACUCGUUCUUUCAGACAAAGUAUUUGGGAAGUGAAACGAAGGACGGCUCCACCAACGGCUCUUGCGUGGGUGGGUUUGAUAAUGCUGGUUUCAUUAUGGGCACGUCUUCCUCUUUGUUCAACCAGUUCAUCUUGCAUAUCAAUACUACGUCCUUGUCGAGUGUUGUCAAGAGUAUCGUCAAGGGGAUCUUAAAUAAAGUGUCUCACGAUGAAGACGAUAUUGCCGUGUACAAGCCCAACCCGUUCUACGACUACACAAAUGCCAGUUACCAUAGUAUCGUGAAAAACGACACCCUUUACUUGUGUGAUGGAGGUGAGGAUGGCCAGAAUGUGCCAUUAUAUCCAUUGAUCCAGCCAGUUCGUGAACUCGAUGUCAUUUUCGCAUACGAUAACUCUGCCGACAGACAGAGUUGGCCCGAUGGAACAUCCUUGGUGAAGACGUACGAGAGACAAUUCACCUCUCAAGGUAACGGCUCGAUCUUCCCUUACGUUCCUGACCCAAACACCUUCAUCAACUUGAACAUGACUGCCCGGCCAGCUUUUUUUGGAUGUGAUGCCAAAAACCUCACGUCUUUGCUCGAUGAAGGUCAAGAUGAAAACGACGUGUACAAGGCUCCCUUGAUUGUCUACACCGCAAACAGACCUUUCACUUACUGGGCAAACCAGAGUACAUUCAAGCUCUCAUGGGAAGAGCCCGAGAAGCUUGGAAUGAUCAAGAACGGGUUCGAGGUUGCCUCAAGAUUAAAUCUUACCCUCGAUAAGGAGUGGAAAGCGUGUGUGAGUUGCGCUAUCAUCAGAAGAGAGCAGGAGAGACAAGGCAUCGAACAGUCGGAGCAGUGCAAGAAGUGUUUCCAGCAAUACUGCUGGGACGGUUCUUUGGAUACGGGUCCAGUGAAUGUCAACUUCACCACUACCGGUACAACCAACGGCACCAACAACGUUGGCAACAGAACCAUCAGCGGCGCUGUUUCUAUCCUUGCUUAUGCCUCUGGCUCGUACACCUGGGUCAGGGCUGUGGGCUAUGCCCUUUUGGUGGUGCUUGUGUGCUCCAUCAACCUUUGA